CCGAGCCAGACCGAAAAAUCGAACCUCCCACCCUCCACGCUCUUUCUUUGGUUCCGUAAGGGUCUCCAUUGCUGUCUCCUCCUCGAGCUCGAAGAGGAAAUAAAAGAGAGGGAGAUAGAGGCGAAGAGACAAACGAUAAAGAUGAUAACGCGAUCGAAUUUGGCAGACCAAUUAAGAGAGUAUCAGAUUCGAUCCAAGCAUGAUUGGGCCUCUGUCUCCUUCUUUUCUUCCGCUUCUAAUAUCAGCUCUUCAAGGGUGGACGUUGUGUUAUUUGUAAUAUGGGAACUUUUUAUCAUAGCAUUCUUGGUUUUCUCUGCAGUUUCUUUAUAUUUUAGGCAUAUGCGACUUGCGUUUAUCCUAGUAUGCAUCACUUUGCUAUUGCUUAUAUGCAUGAAAGUUACAAAGCAAGUUCGAUUGGCUAGGAAAAAGAAGCGAAGGAUGCUUCUUCCUUUAUCUAUGUAAAACUUUACUAGCAGCGAGCCUUUUCCUAAACCAACACAACUUUGUUGUGUAGAUUGAUACAAUUUCUGACCUUUGCAUUGAUCCUUUUCCCCCUGCUUUAUUGCAAUGUUUAAUUGUAUACCUAAAGAAAGUUGAUCAAGGGAUAUGGUGAGGUGAUCAAUAAAAUGGAUGCUAAUUGAAUUGGAGAUUUCUCAUCACUUGGAAUGGAAGAUUGAGAUGGUUUUGUUUGAGGCGGUGAGCUAGUGACAGACAUCAAAUGUGGGUUGGGUGGGUGCUGGUGUUAGAAAGGUAUUGUUUCUUUUUUGCUACAUGCUUGUAGCAUGGAUAGCCGCUUUAAGAAGCUUUAGCCAGGCUUGAUUUAUGAGACAAAUGUUUUUAAUAUGUAUGGGAUACAAUUUUUGUUUUUGCUGGUAUACAUCCCUAAUGUAAAGGAACGAGUUGGUGUUGAGAA